GGAUGAUGAUGUCACUACCGUGCAAGGAGGAUAAAGGGUUAGUGUGUGUGUGUGUAUGUGUGUGUGCUUCGAGUUUUCUGGAUGUGUUGGUAAACAGCGUGCACGUAAGAUGAUCACUCUGGUUGUUGUGUUGUUCUCUUUGCUGUCCUUCACUUCAGCCACUAAAGUAGGUCUGAGUGGGAAGGUCCUCCUGUUUCCGUAUGAGACAGACUUCAGUUUUGUCAGGCUCUCUCCCCAGAAGCCUCUCUCUCUGUCAGCAUUCACUCUCUGUCUGCGCAUCGCUACUGAGCUUCAGGAUGAGCGACAGAUUAUCCUCUUUGCGUAUCGCACCAACAGCACGGACGAGCUGAACGUGUGGCGUGAGAAGGAUGGACGGAUCUCAUUCUAUCUCGGUGGAGACGGUGCUCUAUUCCGCGUCACGCCCCUCUCCAGCUUCCGCACUCACGUGUGUCUGACGUGGGACUCCAUCACCGGACUCGCCGCGUUCCAUGUGGACGGACGCCGCAGCACACGACAGAUCUACAGACCGGGACACAAGAUCCAUCCACAUGGCACUGCGCUGCUGGGUCAGGACCCUGACAAACACCUGGGGGACUUCGAGGUCACGCAGAGCUUCGUGGGCGAGAUAACGGACGUGAACAUGUGGGACUACGUGCUGUCACGCAUGCAGAUCAACACUCUGUACAACAACCUGAAACACAGAGUGCCACGUGGAAACGUCUUCGACUGGAACACAGUGGAGUAUGAGAUCCACGGCAACGUGGUGCUGAUCCACGAUGACUGACACACACACGCGCGCGCACACACACACACACACACACACACACACACACACACACACACACACACACACACACACA